AUGGCAAACAGCAAAAAAGCAUCAAACUACUGCGGUACCCUCCCCGGCCGAAUAUCCGCCCUCUUUGGCACGAUCAACGGAUGCCACUGCGCCAGGAAUGUAAUAGCUACAAAGCAAUACCAGUUAGCCACGCCCUGCCAAAGCCACAGAGUAAGAGCGAAAAGGGAAUCAGUGUUAGGACUAAAGAUCCAAGCCAGGACGGAGGCAACAACCACGAAGAUGAGGCCGAUGAUUAAACUCCAGCUGUAUUUCCAGAAUAUCAGGUCCAGCCUUGCUGUUUCUGUUCUCUUUGUCUCUUGCUUGCGAGGUGUAGGUCGUGGAUUUGAGGACCGGUGGAGGGUCGCAGUAGUAGAUGGAGGACGGGGCUCAGACUGGAUUGUCGCGCAGCUAGCUGGUCGGAACGGGGGACGGAGUUACGUGGUUAUCGAGAGGGAGGUUAUCGGCGGAGCUGCGCCGCUGCUCGGGAUUGAUGCCUGA